ACCAUCACCUCCUCCACGGUUCACGGUCCAAACCCUCGCAAAUAAAUCCCACCCCUCUCACCCCGACACCAUCAUAGCUCUCUCACACAAACCAAAGCAAUGCGACAAAGGGAAGUGGUGCCGCCCUUAACACCUUCUCUCAUUCUACUACUCUUCCAACUCCUCUCCACCCUUCCCUUCACCACUCUCGCCCUCCACUUCCACCAUGUCAACCUCCACGACCUCACCGCCGGCCACCGCCCUCCCGACGCCACCCCACAAAAAGAAAAAUCCCACCACCAUGACCCCCACAAGCUCUUCCUCAACCUCCUCCACCGCCACACCCUCCCCGGACGCAACCACUCCACCCUCCACGACCGCCUCAUCCGAGACUCCCAUCGCGUCUCCUUCCUCCUCCGCCGCCUCGGCGCCGGCUACCACCCUGACGACUUUGGCUCCGACGUCGUCUCCGGCCUCGACGAAGGAAGCGGCGAAUACUUCGUCCGCAUCGGCGUAGGCAGCCCGCCGAAAGAACAGUUCAUGGUGAUAGACUCCGGCAGCGACAUCGUGUGGGUCCAGUGCCGGCCAUGCACCCAAUGCUACGCCCAGUCCGACCCCGUCUUCGACCCCGCCGACUCCACCUCCUUCGCCGGCAUAUCAUGCAAAUCCCCCAUCUGCGACAUCGCCCGCGCCGGCGCCUCCGCCUCCUGCGGCGGCGCCGGCCUCUGCCUUUACGAAGUCUCCUACGGAGACGGCUCCUACACCAAGGGGACGUUAGCUCUGGAGACGUUGACUUUCGGGCCGACCGCGGUCCAGAACGUCGCCAUCGGGUGCGGUCACCGCAACCGCGGUCUGUUCACCGGGGCGGCCGGUCUGCUGGGUCUGGGCUGGGGGCCCAUGUCCUUCGUGGGCCAGCUCGGCGGCCAGGUCGGGGGGGCCUUCAGCUACUGCCUCGUGAGCCGAGGGUCUGGUUCGACCGGUUCGCUACUCUUCGGCCGGAGCUCGGCCGUCCCGGUUGGCGCGGUCUGGGUACCGCUCCUCCGCAGCCCACGCGCCCCCAGCUUCUACUAUGUGGGACUCUCCGGCCUCGGGGUCGGCGGGCGUGAGGUUACCGCUCGGGGAAGAGCUCUUCAAAUUAACGAGGAUGGGGAGGGGGGAGUGGUGAUGGACACCGGGACGGCGGUGACGAGACUGCCGGGGGAGGCGUACGAGGCGCUGCGGGACGCAUUCGUGGAGGGGGCGGUGGGGUUACCACGGGGGUCGGGGGUGUCGAUAUUCGACACGUGCUACGAUCUAGCCGGGUACGAGAGCGUGCGGGUGCCGACCGUGUCGUUCUAUUUUUCGGGCGGCACGAUACUGACUCUACCGGCACGAAACUUUCUAAUACCGGUGGACGAUUCGGGGACGUUUUGUUUUGCGUUUGCUCCGUCCUCGUCGGGGAUGUCGAUACUGGGGAAUAUUCAGCAGGAAGGUAUUCAGAUUACGUUGGAUUCUGCCAAUGGUUUUGUGGGGUUUGGGCCUACUACUUGUUAGCCAAUAAUGUGAAAAAUGAUACAAUUAGAAACCUUACUACUUUAUAUGUUACUGAGAAGAAUAAAUGUGCUCAGUGUAACUGUUUAUGGGUUUCAGGGUUAUGAGAUAAUUUUAUUACAACAUGUAGGGAGCCUACUGAUUUGGCUGCUGAAUUCUGUAAUGUUGCUAUGUAUCUUACUUGGCGA